AUGGCGAGUAAAAAAGGGCAACAGGAAAUGGUCCAGGUUGACAACUCGGAACGCGCCGCAUCGCCAUUCUGGGCUGGCCGAAGUACGCCCCUAAAUCAGGGAUCGUCGAAGCUCUAUGGCUCGAAUACUGUUGUGGGCGCAUCCUACUCACAUGCCAAUAUUGUACAACCUACCUCCUCCCACUCAGCGCCGAGAACACCUCCGAAGACAUCGGCUACAAAUGCUGCAUCAAACUCGGCUCGCAAGUCAGGGAACAUGGUGACCUCACCUCCCCGACAACUCUACCCUGGCAUUAUGGCCGACGGGGUCGACGAGUGGAGUCGCGACCCCACGGAAGAAGACGAAGAAGAAGAUGAGGAGGACGAGAUUGUGUACGAUGAUGAUGAGGAUGAAUUCGGGCUCCCUAGUCUUGCUAGUAUGAGGAGAAAAAGAUCCGCGCCUUUGAAGGCCCAGAAUAUUGAUUUCAGUGGUGGCAACCCCUCGACACUUGGGUAUGGAUUAGCAGCCGCCAACAGACAUCGCGCGGAUAGUUCAGAUAUUGCGGAAGAGCGUGGUGCCCCGAUGUAUCCAACUGCUCGCAAGGGGGAGGGAAAGAUCCUUCGGCCUCAAUACAAGGACAUCCUACAUGAUCCUGCUAAUGCUUUGAACCUCAUCAACCACUCCCCACCUCCGAUAGAUGCUUCACCCAAAGAGAGGGACAUUCAUUCGAGUCGCAUUACGCGCAUCAACAAGUUCAAGCGCAUCUUGCAAGCGAGCACGGUAUCGCCUACUGAGCUGCGGGAUCUCGCUUGGUCAGGCGUCCCAGAAGAAGUGCGGCCAAUGACUUGGCAGCUUCUCCUUGGCUAUCUUCCUACAAAUAGUGAGCGACGCAUCUCCACUCUGGAACGAAAGCGCAAGGAAUACCUUGAUGGAAUCCGGCAAGCCUUUGACCGAGGUAGUGGGGCAAGCUCGGCAAACCCCUCUUCAAGCAAGGGCCGCGGCAGAGGACUUGAUGAGGCAGUAUGGCACCAGAUUAGCAUUGAUGUUCCACGCACCAGUCCCCACAUUCCGCUGUAUGGCUAUGAAGCCACCCAGCGGUCGUUGGAACGCAUCCUUUAUCUCUGGGCCAUCCGACACCCAGCAAGUGGUUAUGUUCAAGGUAUCAAUGAUCUAGUCACACCAUUCUGGCAGGUCUUCCUGGGCGUUUACAUAACCGAUUUGAACGUUGAAGAAGGCAUGGACCCUGGCCAAUUGCCUCGGAGUGUGUUAGAUGCGGUGGAAGCGGACACCUUCUGGUGUUUGACGAAGCUUCUUGACGGUAUCCAGGACAACUACAUAUACGCCCAGCCUGGCAUUCACCGACAGGUCAGGGCAUUACGAGACUUGACAGUGCGCAUCGAUGCAGCACUCGCAAAGCACCUGGAACAAGAAGGUGUGGAAUUUAUGCAAUUUAGUUUCCGAUGGAUGAACUGCUUGCUCAUGCGGGAAAUGAGCAUCAAAAAUACGAUACGCAUGUGGGACACAUACAUGGCUGAGGAGCAGGGCUUCUCUCGAUUUCACCUCUAUGUCUGCGCUGCAUUCUUGGUCAAGUGGACAGAUCAAUUGGUCAAGAUGGAUUUCCAGGAGGUGAUGAUGUUCCUCCAAGCAUUGCCAACGAAGGGUUGGACCGAGAAAGACAUUGAGCUCUUACUCAGCGAAGCAUUCAUCUGGCAAAGCCUGUUUCAAGACUCGCGUGCUCACCUCCGGCCUGCUGGUGAUGAACCUCCUGACAAUGGUAUCUCUUAUUGA